AUGUAUCACCUCGCCAAGGGCUUGUAUCUCUAUGCGACAAGCAAAGAAGAAUACUCGGUCAUCCUCCUCGGUCUCGACAAUGCCGGCAAGACAACCUUCCACGAACAAGUCAAGGCCAUGUUCAUGCCCAAUGGACCGGCCCCCAAGCUCAAGACGGUGCCCACCGUCGGCCAGAACGUGACCACGCUUACCCUCCCCGACAUGUACGUCAAGGUCUGGGACGUCGGCGGCCAGCACUCGCUGCGCAAGCUCUGGGAGAGCUACUACACAAGUUGCCACGCCAUCGUCUUCAUAAUCGACUCGACCGACGUCGGCGAUGGCACCAUGGAGCACGACGCCACCGGCCGUCUCGAGGAGUGCCGCCAGGUGCUCGAGGACGUCCUCCAGCACUCCGAGACCGAGGGAGUGCCCCUACUCAUCCUCGCCAACAAGCAGGACCGCGAGGACUGCGUCGAGACGAUACGGAUUAAAGAAGGGCUCGUGAAGAAGGUCAUGGAGGGCGACAAGGGCGAUAGUAUCCGAGACACGCGCGUCCUUGCCAUGAGUGCCCUGACGGGUGAUGGUGUUCGCGAAGCGGUUGACUGGCUGCGCACACGUGUACAAUGGAAUAAAGAAUCCAGACCUCCCGUCAUGCGCUAG